AUGGUACCACACUACCUCCUGAUAUUCACCUUGGCCGUUACCGCCAGUGCCAGAACAGCAACAACAAAUCAAAACAAAGUUGACGAAAGUAGAAGUUCAGAUGACACAAUCCUUGGUGACCUCAAAAUCGCAUACGAAACCUACAAGGAUUGUAGUGGCAAUGACAUGGCUCAUUGCUUGAAAAGAAAAUUAGCGAAAGCACUAACGAGAAUAGCGAAAAGUGAUGAGCUAUCAUUAUUAAGUGGCGUCACGAUAGUUAAAGAUAUGGAUGUGGCUGAAGAGAAGGUGGCGGAAGAAGCAGUGCCAAGGGGUUUGGAUGAAGGAUCUCUGGAUAAUCUCAUCAUGGACAAGAUUAUCGGAUUCAUGAGGACUCAUACUGUUCAGGUCAAAUUCCCAGGCUCGGAGCUCCAAAGUGAGACGGAAGAAGGCCGUAGCAGAAGAAAGAAGUUGGCGCCACUUUUGGUGAUCCCACUUCUGAUUGGUGGAAUGCUGGUGCCCCUUGCAUUCGGCGCCUUAGCCCUGCUCGCCGGCAAGGCCCUCAUUGUGUCCAAAUUGGCUUUGGUACUCGCUGGUAUCAUUGGGCUGAAGAAGUUGCUGUCGAACAGUGGUGGUGGAGAGUCCCAUGAAGUGGUUGUUUCAACUGGAGCCCAUGGAGGUUCUGGGUGGAGCAGGUCGCUGGAAAAGUCCCAUGACUUAGCGUACAAGGCGUACACCCAAUAACCGAAUGAACCCACCGAAUUUUUAAAUAACGAAUAAGAAACACCAACUGUUUCAUUCAAACAUAUAAUAUAGGUGCUGUACGUG